UGGGAACUACCAACAAGGACCACAUGAAGGAAUUGUGAAAAUUUCGUGCAUGUACAUAACAUCCCGCCAAACAACUGUGCGGUCGGGAUUCGGUCGGGAUUCGGGGCAGGUGCAGGUGGACGAGGGUAGAAGGCGGGGGCGAAUGCUCUGUGCAAGUACGUGCUGUGGGAGAAGAGGGACUUGAGAGGAGAGGAGUUCACGGCGUUCAUGGAUGGGUUAUACGCGAGUUUGCGGGCGGUGAUCAAGAGCGCCGACGAGCUAGAGAACAUUGACGCUCUUAUCGAUGAGAAGCUGGGCGAGCACUCUGCCAAGUUGAACAAGGUCGACACUUUUCUCACUGACAGUUACCUGUUUGUUGAGGUUAAGAGAGAGGAGGAGGAGGAGGAGGAGGAGGAGGACAGGCUGCUGCUUGCGGCAAAUGCCUUUGUUGUUGGCCAUGAUCUUCUUCUGAAAGUCGGGAACACUGUCACCUCUGGCUUAACUGCGAAGACGGUUUUGAUGAGAUGGUGGCGCCUGCAUUAGACUGGCUUGUUGAGAACUCUCCUCACAAACGCGCAGCAGCAAUCCUCUUGAAGGUGUGCUAAGCUCUCUUUGUCUUGGUUCCCUUUUUCUGAUCGGUUGCGCAGCAGUGUUUCCUUCUUAUAUUUUGGAAUAUGUCUGCAACACAUUCUAGCUAUUUUUUGCAGGGAAAGCUUAUAAAGGUACCCUGCGGGGCUCCUAGUCUGGUCUCUACUUGUGACAUGGGGUGCCUGAGUGCGGCGGACAUGUUUGCUUCAGACUGUGUGUGUGCCAUGUUAUAGAUGGUCGAGAUUCGGCGGUUUAGAG